UCAACGCAAUUGGCGCUAGAAAGUCUGGGCAAACUAAAAAAAGAGGAGGAAGGCAAACGUCUCUGCUUCAAGUCACUUCUCUCUACAAGUCCCGGGCAGAGGACGUGUGGACCAAGGCCAGGGACGACAGUUCGGGACCUGAUCACCCAACCCAGACCAAGCCGCAGCUGAGCGGAGAGCGACGCCCCGAAUCGAUGAAAACACCACCCCACACCGAGCGGCCUUCCGACGCCACCAAGCUGUCGCGAGCCUCCGAAAGCACACGUGAGGGAGGAGUGACGGCAGAGGUCCUGAAGACCCCGGGCCGCUUACUCCAACUCUCGCCGGCGUUAACACCUGUGGGGGACGCACUGGGCUUUCCGAAGCAACCCGGCACAAGAUGGCGGUGCGUCACGUGAGCAACGCGGUGACGUAGGACGGCGGCCCGUAGGGAGGGACCGCCUUAAUUUCACCCCCCACGCUCAAUUACUCAGUUUUGCCCCCCUCUCCUACCCCGCCCCCGGCCUGGUGUAGAUCAUGCCGCCAGUGGCAGCCCUGACUGCCGAGGAAACGGUGGCUUAGGACAGUUGGCUGUUGAGUGACACAGAUUCUCCCCGCUCCGCCUGAUCCCUGAGAGACGCACAUACCCCGCCGCGUGAGGGCGUGGGGAAGUGGGCAGAGAAUUUCGGAUCCACCUGGGAGGGGGGAGUGGAAGUUCCCGCCCCGGACAGCGGCGAGGCGGCAGCCACAGUUGAUUAUGGAAGAGUCUCACAAGAGUAACACUUCAGAGACAGCACCGCAGCCUGGGUCAGCAGUUCAGGGAGCUCGUAUUUCUCAUAUUGCUCAACAGAUGGCAUUAAGAGGAUCUGCGCCAGUGACCAUUAUACCUCUUCCUGGAGAGCAAGUACAGGUUCAGGGGGUCAUCCAGACAGCUCAGUCUUCUGUAAUUCACCCACCACACGUGCAAACGGUAUCAUCUUUAUCAGAAAGUGAGGAGUCUCAGGACUCAUCAGACAGUAUAGGCUCUUCACAGAAAGCCCACGGGAUCCUAGCACGGCGCCCAUCUUACAGAAAAAUUUUGAAAGAUCUAUCUUCUGAAGAUACACGUGGCAGAAAAGGAGACGGAGAAAACCCUGGAGUUUCUGCUGUCACUUCUAUGUCUGUUCCAACUCCCAUCUAUCAAACCAGCAGUGGACAGUACAUUGCCAUUGCCCCAAAUGGAGCCUUACAACUGGCCAGCCCAGGCACAGAUGGAGUACAGGGACUUCAGACACUAACCAUGACAAAUUCAGGCAGUACUCAGCAAGGCACAACAAUUCUCCAGUACGCACAGACCUCUGAUGGACAGCAAAUACUUGUGCCCAGCAACCAGGUGGUUGUACAAACUGCAUCAGGAGAUAUGCAGACGUAUCAGAUCCGCACCACACCUUCAGCUACUUCGCUGCCACAGACUGUGGUGAUGACCUCUCCUGUGACACUUACAUCUCAGACAACUAAGACAGAUGACCCCCAACUGAAAAGAGAAAUAAGGUUGAUGAAGAACAGAGAAGCUGCUCGAGAAUGUCGCAGAAAGAAGAAAGAAUAUGUGAAAUGCCUGGAAAAUCGAGUUGCAGUCUUGGAAAAUCAAAAUAAAACUCUAAUAGAAGAGUUAAAAACUUUGAAGGAUCUUUAUUCCCAUAAAAGUGUUUGAUUAAGAAAGAAAAUAUUUUUUGCAGACUUGCCUAAAAAUUAGAUGGAUUUCUUUUCUUUUUAGUGGAGUUUUAUAAAUUAAAAGGUCAAAUGAAGCUUUUUAUUUAGGCUUUUUCAACUCAGAGAUAAUUAUCAUAUGCAAGAGAUCUGGUGACAGAAGAUAAAGUGGAAAAUGAGCUCAAGGAAGUCCCUGGCACAGCUGGAAACUCUGGAAAGAUGAAACCCACUCACGAAGGGGCCAGUGAGCGCUCGCCAAUUUGAGUUUCCUAAAUGACAGUAACCCAAAAAUGCCUGAGAAGGUGAUAUUCGGUAAAUUGAUUUCAAUUUACCCCUUUGGUUUGCAUUUGUACCAUUUCCUAAAAUUUACCUUUUUCACCUGUUUGCGUGUGUGCGCGCGCGUGUGUAUGUGUUUUAUUUCUGCCAAUAAAUUCUAAAUUACAAAUAGAAAAGCUAAUACAUAAAUAUAUAAAUUAUGUGUUUUGAUUACGUAUAUUUGUUCUAGUGUCAGAUCAUUGAAAUGGGUUUUUUAAAGUUUGUUUCUUGGACUUGAGAGGGGUUUUGAGACUUGGGUUUAACUAUUUUUGAGGCUUUGUCCUCAAAGGCAUCUAAGGUACAUGAAUGGAGUAUGGUGAUUUUGUAACAUUUUUUAUCAGAAUGGAAAGAGAACUUCUGUUUAAAAGUUUGAUACUUUUAAAUAGUUUGGUUUUUGGUUACUCUGGGAAUGGAGAUUUUCUACAAAUAUAUAAUUGUUUUUUGAUUCUAUAUUCUGUAUGCAGUUGAAUAUACAUUACCUAUUCUGUUGUGCUUUAAUAGAAUGGAAUGUUUACAGGCCUGUGAGAUGAUAUUAGAGUAUUUUUAACAAACCUUCUGAAGAUGCAUACCAAAGUUUUCCAAGAGGAUUUUAUAAUCAGUUUAAUGUAAGGUUUAUCAGAUUCUAAAAUAGUAUGGUUAUUAAGGCAAUUUUAUGUUAGAGACUAUUUUGUAAUGUAGUGAAUGGUACAUUUCUAAGAAAAGUGACUGCCAAUAUAUUUUUAUAGCUAAUCUUUAUAAAUUCUAAAGUUGAGUUUUUAAUGAUUAUUUUAAAUGUUUAUAUAGUUUAGUAAAAAAAAAAAUAUUUUGCAUCUCAAAGUAUCAUUUUUAUAUUAUGAGAAGUAAAGUUUCCAGAUUGGCUAAUAUUUGAAUUGCAAGUUUUGUAUGCAGUUUAUCCAAAGGUCAAGAAUGCCAUCUGUACCCCAGUGUCUAACCUCUGUAUUCUAGUGUGUAUACACUUUGAAAUUGUACUGCAGAACUGUUGUGCGCUUCUUACACAAUACGUAUCAUAUUGUUGUCUGUGAAAUUAAAGGAUAUUUGAUAAAAUUAAGUUUGCUGAAUGUAAAAUAUAUUGCUUGUUAUGUGAUCAACAAA